AUGAAGUUCACUCUUGCGACACUGUCCCUUGUCUUGUUCAGCGUGGUCGACGGUAAAGCAAUCCCACCCUUUCAAGGCCCGGACGGCUACAGCCUCGUUCCACGCAAUGCAACCGUCGACAGCGCUGAGCUCGCCAGCACUUCUGGGCAAGGCAUCUACGACAUCACUCCUCAUCCGUUUGGCGCGCCCUGUGGAAUGACUUGGGAUGUGACGAUCAGUGUGAAGGACGCUGGUGAUCAGACCAAAGCUAGCCCACUCUGCAAAUAUCUCCACACGUACAUCACCCUUCCAACUUCGCAGGGAAUCUCCGACAAGAAGGUCAACUUCAUUUACCUGUGCCCUCCUCAAUGGCCUACGCCAAUCUCCCCCGAAGGAUACGGCUACCACGACAUCAAAUUCAUUGUUACUGGCCUGACAAUGUUCCCGAGUGGUGAUGAAACGGUCAACGCGAACCUGAAUGUGGUCAACAUCCAUACUAUUCCGCCGACUAAUACCAACAUUCCAGUCAAGAUCGGCUACUAUUUCGACGUCAACAAUCCGAACAAACCAGGCUUCAAGAUGCUCACGUUCCGGAGCAUCGCCUGCGCCAAGUGA